CACGAGUCGGCAUUGUCAGGCGGCGGCACCGCGCGGGCCCGAGCGAGCUGUGUUGAUCGGUGGUCUCCGUGCGGCGCGGCGGAGGAGUGGGACGCGAGGUCGCGGCAGCUCCGUCGGCGGACGGAGGCGAGGCCCGGCAGCGCGGGCGUGAGCGCGGCCGAGCCCGCGGCGCCUUCCCUGCGGGUGGGGACGAGCGGGCCCCGCGGCGUCAUCGGCGCGAGGAGCCGCCGCGCCCCGGCCUAGCAUGUCGGAAGCGGGUGAGGAGCAGCCCAUGGAGACCACGGGCGCCACCGAGAACGGACACGAGGCCGCCCCCGAAGGCGAGUCGCCGGCGGGGGCGGGCACCGGGGCCGCGGCGGGCGCCGGAGGCGGGAGCACGGCGCCCCCGGCCGGCAACCAGAACGGUGCCGAGGGCGACCAGAUCAACGCCAGCAAGAACGAGGAGGACGCGGGAAAAAUGUUCGUUGGUGGCCUGAGCUGGGAUACCAGCAAAAAGGACCUAAAGGAUUAUUUUACCAAAUUUGGAGAGGUCGUUGACUGUACAAUAAAAAUGGACCCCAACACUGGCCGGUCAAGAGGGUUUGGGUUUAUCCUCUUCAAAGAUGCAGCCAGUGUGGAGAAGGUCCUAGACCAGAAGGAACACAGACUGGAUGGCCGUGUCAUUGACCCCAAAAAGGCAAUGGCCAUGAAGAAGGACCCGGUAAAGAAAAUUUUUGUGGGGGGUCUGAAUCCUGAAGCCACUGAGGAGAAGAUCAGAGAAUACUUUGGCGAGUUUGGGGAGAUUGAGGCCAUUGAGCUUCCAAUGGAUCCAAAAACGAACAAAAGACGAGGCUUUGUUUUCAUCACCUUCAAAGAAGAGGAACCUGUGAAGAAGGUCCUGGAGAAAAAGUUCCACACCAUCAGUGGAAGUAAGUGUGAAAUCAAGGUGGCCCAGCCCAAAGAGGUGUAUCAGCAGCAGCAGUAUGGCUCUGGGGGCCGCGGGAACCGCAACCGAGGGAACCGAGGCAGUGGCGGUGGUGGCGGAAGCGGAGGUCAGAGUCAGAGUUGGAAUCAGGGCUACGGCAACUACUGGAACCAGGGCUACGGCUACCAGCAGGGCUACGGGCCCGGCUAUGGCGGCUACGACUACUCGCCCUAUGGCUAUUACGGCUACGGCCCCGGCUACGACUACAGUCAGGGUAGUACAAAUUACGGGAAGAGCCAGCGACGCGGUGGCCAUCAGAAUAACUACAAGCCGUACUGAGGCUUCGGCAGGAUGCCCGACCGAUCGCACACGCUUUGUUUGGAUAUUGAGUGAACACAAUUAUGUACCAAAUUUAACUUGGCAUACUUUCUAUGGCCUGUCCCAUGUGCAUCUUAUUUAAAAUUUCCCCCCUGGAAAUCACUUUCCUGUUGACUACUUCCAGAGCUCUAGUUGUUGUAGGCAGCGUGUGGGGUCUCUGAGGCCAGAGCGGCAUUAUGGGCUGAUUUUAUUCCCGGGUUACCCAGAGCCAGAUUGGAGGGUCUGCUUCCUGCUGCCGCUCUGCAGCCUGGACCUGUGGACCCUGGUUGUAAAGAGUAAACUGUAUCUUAGGAAACCAGUGUCACCUUUUUUUCACCUUUUAAUUUUAUAUUAUUUGUGUCAUACAUUUCCUGUUAAUGGAAGUGUUAAUUUUACUGUACUUUUUGGUACCUUUUGGGAAUCUAAUGUAUUGUAAGGUAUUUUACACGUGUCCUGAUUUUGCCACGACCUGGAUAUUGAAGCUAUCCAAGCUUUUGAAAUAAAAAUUUAAAAACCCCCAAA